AUGUCACCGCUCGCUUGUAUUCCCAGUCCAUUCGCUCUUCGGGCGAUCGUUUCGAGUUCUCGUUACACCCGCUCUACUUGUACGUGUGCGGUGCGGCCGACUGUCGCACCGCAGCCUUUUCAUCAUCGCCGCACGUUCAUUGCUGCCCCACUUGGAGCGCGCGACUCCGAGUCGGCACCCGCAUCCACGUCCAAGCUUGCCCCGGAGCUACCCGCGCGGUCCGUAUCGGCGAGGAGGGCGUUGCUGUAUGUUCCCGGAUCGAACGUCAAGAUGCUGCGGAGUGCGUUGAGCAAGGCGACCAGCGACGCGUUGAUCUUGGACCUCGAGGUCGGUGCCCAGCCCAGGUGCGGUCAAUGUAAGCGCUGCUUCGAGCCCUGAUCCGCAUCCGGUGCUUCCCAUAGGACUCGGUUGCGACGGGCCAAAAAGGCGCGGCGAGGCAGAACGUGUUCGAGUGAGUAUUGGCUCGUGAGCGGUGAUCGGCUGCAAAAGUGGGGGGCAAUCCCGACCGGGUGCGAUCGACCGAGGACAUGCGACGCAGUGAUCGGCGUCUUGCAGACGCUCAAUCAGAUCAACUCUUUUUUGUCUGCUUUCUGGUAGUGCGCUCCAAUCGGCCGACUCGACCCGAUCGCAGCUGUUCGUGCGGAUCAACUCCCCCACUCGCUCCUUUGGCCUCGACGACCUCCAAGUCGUGCUCAAAUCGUCCAACCUCCAAGGCAUCGUCAUCCCCAAGGUCGACACCGUCAAAGAUGUCCAAGUCGUCGAUCGUUGCAUCUCGGAGCAUGGCUUGGAAGCGACAAAGGAUCGGAUCAAACUCGUCGUUUCCGUCGAGUCGCCGCUGUCGUUGAUGAACCUCAAGGAGAUCGCAACCUGCUCCAACCGGAUCGACGCCUUGCUCUUUGCCGCAGAAGACUAUUGCGCCUCUUCCAACAUCAUUCGCACCGAAUCGAGGCAGGAGAUGCUCUUUGUCCGAUCACAGAUCGUCGCCGUCGCCAAGGCGUUCGGACUCGGCGCGAUCGAUCUUGUUCGCACGGCGUACAAGGGGGAGACGGCAACGCAGGCGUUGGAGGAAGAGGCAACCGAGGCUCGGCGGUUGGGCUUUGAUGGCAAGCAGUGUAUUCAUCCGAACCAGGUCGAGACCGUGCAAAAGUGCUUCACCCCUUCCGAGAAAGGUGGGCACCCGCGCGAAAAUUGGGCGGAGGAGGUGGGAGGCUUGUUGCUGAAACGGUUUACUUGCGGGACAGACAUCGAGCGAGCGACUAGAAUACUCGAACAGUACAAUGUUGCGUCUUUAGGGGGAGCAGGUGCCUACGGGUUGGUCGGGGAGGAUGGCAACUCCGCCAUGAUUGAUGCUCCAAUGGUCAGUUCAAUUGAGAACGUUCCGGGCUGAUGAAGGUCGAUACGCAGUAGUGCCUGCGCAGCGUUCUGACUUUGCUUUCGAGCUCUCUUCAUAGCUUCUUCAAGCGGAGAGAAUACUGGCUCAAGCAAAGGCUGCUGGAGUGCUUCCAUGAUGGAUGGAGGAGGAAGUUGAGGCUGUCAAGAAUUCACUCUUUAUACUGUUCACUUUUCAUGCCACUACUUCACUCGCAUACAGCCUCGUCCCUUCCCCUUUUUGGUCUUUUUCCUUUGCCUGCCUGAUCCCUGAAUGCGCUCGAUGCGCGCGCCUUGUCAACAGAACACUGACAGCAACGUUCGCUCCUAAAGCGGUGACGGAUCAUUCCCGUUGCUUUUUGCGCUCGAUGCUCUCGUGGUCGACUUGGACGAUGAGGUUACCAUCGAGAGUUCCGUCAACAGCUCAGCUCACACAUCCACGUCCGCUCACAAGCCGUCGCUGUCCUCGGCUCAAAAUAUCUUCGCCUCCAAAAGCACUGGACGUUAGCGCCGUGGCGAAUUCCUGCACGAGAGAAACGGAGAUGGAAGAGCACACGGAAGACUUCGACGACAGUCUCGAUGCGGCGACCGCUGAGAUCGAAGAAGCGCUCUUACUCAAACAUUGCGAGACGACUGCGGCUGCGAUCUCGGUCAUCCUAGACGCUGCCGAAGGAAACAAAGGUUGGUCUCUCCGGUUCCUCCGUUGAGUUCGAUUUGAGGCUCAUUCCAUUUCCAUCUCUUUCAUCUGGUCAGCCUCGUCGCUCGAUGAUCCCCAACCCCAAAUUCUCAUGGAUCCCUUCCAUUUUUUCCAGAGGAUCUAUCUUUCGAAAAAGCACGGAGCUACAAGAGCUUUCCUUCGCGCUCUCUCCGAUGCCAUCUAUGUCGUCAACCUAGACGACAAGCACCUAGUGUCGAUACGACUCGCCAAAGCGAUGAUGACUUUCGACGAAGCCACACGGUCGCCCGCUCACGCCAAAUACAUCUGGAAGCGUGUCCGACGAAACGAUUCCUCCUCCAAGCAUUCUUGAGCCAUUGGUCAGGGAAGUUUUCGAGACGUUCGGGUCGUUGCUCGAUGUUAAAACAAAGCAGCCCCUCUUCAAUAAGGCUGCACUCCUCGCUGCGAAAAGGUGUCUCGAACUCGUUCGAAAGGGACAGCUUUCUGAUCCAGUGGGCAUCGAGCUUUACACCGACCUCGGACCUUGUCGUGGACCUGAUGGAACAGCUGAUGAUGGUGUCCGCUUGUAUUCGUGUCGGCGCGGCACGAACGCCCUCGAAGGUGGCAUCCACCGAAAUCUCCGCGCGCGCUUCGCUAAGUCUAUAGGUAAAUCACCCCCCCCCCCCCCCCCCCCCCCCUAA